AGAAUCCCAAACCUCAAAUCAACCAUUUCUUUAUAUGUGAACCAAUGUAAUCUUUGAUACACCAUUCCCUCUUCUUUCUCCUCUUCACAAAACAUAUAUGAUUUCAUGGCUACGAGUUUUUCAACCGGUGUUUCAUCUUCUAUUGCAAUAUUGAGCCGAACUUCGAGCAAACGGGCCUCGAGGGGUAGUAUGGUCAUUAUGUGUGUCACCAAACCCGUCCCAAUCGGCCUCCGAAUCAAAUCAUAUGAUCACAACGAGAUUAAGGUGUUUGAAGAUAAAUUAAAUGGUAUCAUAUGCUACAAGGAUAGAAAUGGUGAAAUUAUUUGCGAAGGAUACGAUGAAGGCCCUCGUUUUUCCCAACCAAUUUCAAGUGAAGAUGCUGAGAGAGUUGGCUUGCUUCAAAGAUGUUGGCUUCAUGAGUGUGAUGAGAAAGAGCUGCCUAAAUUUUGACAUCAUAGAAUUAUGUUUUUGAAGAUUUAGAAGUUUUUUGUACAUUUAAACAAAAAGUAUUUAUCAUCAUGAACAAAACCCAAUGUCCAUAGUUCUUUGAAGCCAUGUAUUUCUUUCUUGAAUUUUCUUUUUUUUUCGAGAAUUCGAUAGUGUAAAGGGAUGUAAACGAGUCGAAUCGAAUAAAGAAUGUUAACUAUAUCCCAAGCUUGAUUCAAAUUUUUGUGAUCAAGCUCGGUUUGGAUCUGA